UUUGUCGAACGGAAGUUAAUCGGAAAUUUCGACUCUGCGGAUUUCACAGAAGCCUGGAAACAAAAGUUCAGCCAUGCGCCAACAUGGUGCGAUGCCGACAUGUCUCUACAACAAAUCAAAAGGGGAGCUGCACGAGGUAAUCGAAUUGCUCUGUAUGCGAGAAGUUUCUUCCAAUAUUAUCUUUUUCAAAUCGGGUGCUUCGUUCAGAAGUGGGCCUGGUCAACUGUUCUUGUUUCAAUAGUUUUGUAUACCAUGUGUUGUUACGGCCUGAAAGAUGUUGUUAUAGAGACUGAUAUAGUUAAGCUCUGGGUUCAACAAGGUGGACGGUUGAACGAAGAGAUGACUUUUCUUGAUAAAGUGCGAGCUGAAGCAAAUCGGAUAUCCAAACGUGAAACUGGAGAUGGACAACCGAACGAGGCAGAACGGCGUGGACCAGAUCUUCCACGUGAAAAUGGUCUUGGCGGUGGUUUUCAGGUGAUUUUUUGCAUUUCUGGAAGCUUUUUAAGGUAG